AUGGCUCUACAGGAGGCCUUAUUGGCUCUGCUGCUGGCCCUCUGCUGCUGUGUUGAACCGGUGCCUGUGGAGUUCUUUCAGAACAUGCCGGUUGUCCCGAGGCAACCAGGGUGCCCGGCGGUGUGCCAGCCCGACCUGUGCCCGGCGGCUCACCUCCUGCUGCGGUGCCCGGCAGGGCGGGUGCGCGACGCCUGCGGGUGCUGCUGGGAGUGCGGCAAUGCCGAGGGUCAGUUCUGCGAUGCCGACGCGGCCGCCGGGUUCUAUGGGCGCUGCGCCGAGGGCCUGAGGUGCCGUGUUCCGGCCCGGGAGAGGGCCCACUUCCUGUCCAGAGCGGCGGAGGAGGAGGAGGAGACGCCCAAGGCCGUCUGCACGUGUGCCAAGCACGAGGUUCUGUGUGCCACGGACGGGAAGACCUACGAGAACAAGUGCCAACUCCGCAGUGCCCAGCGCAGCCUGCCACAGGGAGGGAGCAGACCCACCGUGGCACACUAUGGCCCGUGCCGAUCAAAGCCAGUCAUCACUAUGGGUCCCCAGACCACGCACAUGUUAGAGGGGAGCGACGCCGUGUUUGUGUGCGAGGUCUCCUCCUACCCCCUGGCCACCGUUCACUGGAGGAAGGAUGGAAAGAACAUCUUCCUCCCUGCUGAUGACUCCAACAUCGCUGCACAGGCGCGCCGAGGCCCCCAGCGCUUUGAACUGACCGGCUGGCUCCAGAUCCAGAGCGUCCGCCCCGACGAUGAGGGCGUGUACACGUGCGCGGCCAGGAACGCCUUCGGAGAGGCGUCUGCCUCGGCCAGAUUGCAGGUUCUGGGGAGAGAAUCUCAGACAGCAAGCGAUCAGAUGAAGAAGCCAUACAACAUCUUAGACGAUGAAGGUGAUGGUGAUGAUGAAGACUACGAAGGCCGUUCCAGUGGCCAUAUGUAUGUGUAAAUUUGUUUGGCUGUAAAGAAAAUGUAACAAAAUAUAUUUAGAUAGAUUUUAUAA